ACAGACAGACAGACAGACAGCUCUCCCUGAUCCUCACACAAGACAGAAGCUACUGACAAUCAUCCGCACCAACAGGAUUUAUGAUUGAAUGAUGAAGGACAUCUGACUGCAGAAACAAGGCACUGAUGUGCAUGUCCUGUGAAAGAUGGGAACUUCCAACUUUACUCUUUCUCCAAACUCCAGCCAUGCUAACAAGACCGACUCUUCCCCAGACAGUCCAUUCUCUCUUGUCAAACUUGUUUUCAUCAUUCUCGGCCUGAGCACUUUAAGCCUGAUCACUAUUAUCGGCAAUGUGCUGGUCAUGCUCUCCAUCAAGGUCAACAGGAACCUUCAGACGGUCAACAACUACUUCCUGUUCAGUCUAGCAUGUGCUGACUUGUUCAUUGGGGUUUUCUCAAUGAACCUGUACACUGUGUACAUUGUGACUGGCCGCUGGCCUUUAGGAGCUUUGGUGUGUGACCUCUGGUUGGCUCUGGACUAUGUGGUGAGCAACGCCUCUGUUAUGAACCUCCUCAUCAUCAGCUUUGACCGAUAUUUCUGCGUCACCAAACCUCUCAGCUACCCGGUAAAAAGGACCCACAAGAUGGCAGGCAUGAUGAUCGCCGCCGCUUGGAUCCUGUCGUUCAUUCUCUGGGCUCCAGCCAUCCUGUUCUGGCAGUUCAUCACGGGCAGCCGGACGGUUCCCGAGGGCGAGUGCUACAUUCAGUUUUUCUCCAAUGCCGUGGUCACCUUCGGCACAGCCAUCGCUGCCUUCUACUUGCCAGUCAUCACAAUGACCAUACUAUACUGGCAGAUCUCUAAAGCCAGCCGCAGCCGCGUCCGAAGCAGAGACAUUCAGAGAGUAUCUAGAGUCAGUAAUGAUGGAGACCAGGCUGGACCAACAACUGGGUGCAAUACAGAGACGAGGUCAGACCAAGGAGGAGAGGAAAUGGUUCUACGCAAGCAGAGUGCUUCAGAUGCCACUACAGCAGCCGAAGAGCAGGAGAGUGAGAAUGACUCUAUAUCUGGAAGUGUGCUCGCUUCAUCCAAUCAGAAGGAUGAGAAGGCCGUAUCCAUAAGCACUAACAGUGACAUCAGAAGCAGACAGACCCAAUCAGCUCCACUGGCCACAGGAAGUUGGGUCAGAUUUACUUGCUUCAGAAGAACAUCCCAAAAAGACCUGCAAAACACCUAUAAACCCAACAAUGGAGGUCUGGACAUGACCAACGGGAAGGAAAGACUGAGUCUGGUGUCACAGAAGAUUCUCGUGCCACGUUAUCAGAAGAGGAAGAGUUUAUCCUCGCGGGAGAAGAAAGUCACAAGGACAAUUAUGGCCAUUCUGGUGGCAUUUGCAGCAACAUGGACCCCCUACAAUGUCAUGGUGCUCAUCAACACGUUUUGCUCUCCCUGUAUUCCAAACACGAUGUGGAUCUUUGGAUACUGGCUCUGCUACAUAAACAGUACGGUGAACCCAGCCUGCUAUGCCCUGUGCAAUGCCACCUUUAAGAACACCUUCAAACAGCUGUUGACAUGCAAAUACAGGAAUAUUCAUGCCCCCAGGAAACUUUAAGACUGAAACUUUAUAAACAGUUUCACUGAUGAUAUCCAGAGUGUGCAGGUUUGGAUCCGUUCCUGGGUUUGAAAAUACCAGGCUUGUCCAAACUGUUGAAACAUUCAAAUGAUAUUUCAGCAGCCAUAUUAUGAGGACGACUACUAAAAAGUUGCGGUGGACAGUUUAACGUUUUCUUUGCAUUAUUAUAAUACAAAUGUUAGUCACUUUCAUCGCUGUCCUUCCAAGCUUUUUGCUAAAAUACAUAUAUUACUGUUCAAAACUUUGGGGUAACAUUUUUGGAUGCAUCAAUUUAAUUUUAGUAAUGUAAAGACAUCCAUAAUGUUAAGUAAGAUUUUUCUUUCAAUAUUCUUUUUUUACUUUCUGUUCACGAUUUCCACAAAAUUAUGAAUCAGCACUACUGUUUUCAACACUGGUAAAAAUAAUAAAUGUUCUUGAGCAUCAUAUCAGCAUAUUAGAAUGAUUUCUGAAGGAUCAUGUGACACUGAAGACUGGAGGAAUGAUGCUGAAAAUACAGGUUUGCAUCACAGGAAUAAAUUACUUUUAAAGAGUU